CGGAGCGCCGCUGGAAGCGCCAUUGAGGAGCGGCGGAGAGGAAGCACCGCGCAGUACCCGGCUAGGGCGGGCGGCCCGAGACACCGACAGAUUCUUCUGUGACCAUGCGAGAGAGAAAUAAAGAAUGAUCCAUGUUUUUUAAACACCUUGUCUUGAGGAUAUAGUCAUGUUGGAAGGGCUCGUAGCCUGGGUUCUCAAUACCUAUCUGGGGAAGUACGUCAAUAAUCUGAACACUGACCAGCUCUCCGUUGCGCUUCUGAAAGGUGCUGUUGAAUUAGAAAACUUGCCGUUAAAGAAAGAUGCCUUGAAGGAACUGGAAUUACCAUUUGAAGUCAAAGCUGGUUUAAUUGGGAAAGUAACCCUUCAGAUUCCCUUCUAUCGCCCCCAUGUGGAUCCUUGGGUGAUCUCCAUCUCCAGCCUUCACUUAAUUGGAGCCCCUGAAAAAAUACAGGAUUUCAAUGAUGAAAAGGAGAAGCUGUUGGAAAGGGAACGCAAGAAAGCUCUGCUUCAAGCCCUGGAGGAAAAAUGGAAGAAUGAACGCCAGCAGAAAGGGGAAUCCUACUGGUAUUCAGUCACUGCCUCGGUAGUAACGAGAAUUGUGGAGAAUAUUGAAGUACAGAAAUUAAUGCGGAAAAAGCAAUUAGAUGUGGCAGAGUUUAGCAUCUAUUGGGAUGUCGAUUGCACUUUAUUGGGGGAUUUGCCUCAGGUGGAGUUACAGGAGGCCAUGGGCAAGAGCAUGGAGAGUCGCGAUCAUCACUACAUCUUGGAACCUGUGUGCGCAUCUGCCCUUUUGAAGAGAAACUGCUCCAAAGAGCCCCUGAGGUCCCGGCACACUCCCCGUAUUGAAUGUGAUAUCCAGCUGGAGACCAUUCCCUUGAAACUCUCUNAGCUGCAGUACCGGAAAAUGAUGGAAUUCCUCAGGGAGCUGGAACGAAAGGAGAGGCAGGUGAAGUUUCGAAGAUGGAAACCCAAAGUGGCUGUAUCCGAGAACUGCCGGGAAUGGUGGUGCUUUGCCCUGAAUGCUAACCUGCAUGAGAUCAGAGAGCAGAGGAAGUGCUGCACCUGGGACUUCCUGCUGCACCGGGCCCGUGAUGCUGUGUCUUACACUGACAAAUACUUCAGCAAAUUAAGAGGAAGCUUGCUGUCUGCAGAUGACAAGGGUGACAACUUCCUGGAAGGCCACAGCCUCACCUUGGCCACAAGCAUCCUCCACCUGCUGCUGCUUGAGGAGAGCACCGAGGAGUUUUUUGACCCCACUGCGGACGCCUCGUGCAUGAACACGUAUACAAAACGAGAUCAUGUCUUCGCCAAACUGAACUUGCAGUUACAGCGAGGUACCGUGACGCUGUUACACCAGGAGCCAGGAACGCCUCAAAGCAAUGAAAGUGCGUUCAUGCAGCUCGAGUUUUCAGUCCGGUUGGGUGGACUGUUCCUUCGGGACCUGGCCACAGAAGGGACCAUGUUUCCUCUUUUGGUCUUCCCUAAUCCGCAAAAAGAAGUUGGCCGAGUAUCUCAGUCUUUUGGUCUCCAAACACCAUCUGCAGACAGAAGUGAUCGCUACCCUGCUGCGGACCCAGAUGACCCAGUUUUUGAGAUGCUGUAUGAGAGAAAUCCAGUGCACAGCCAUUUCGAGAGGCGGCUAAAUGUCAGCACGAGGCCCUUGAACAUCAUAUAUAAUCCCCAGGCUAUUAAAAAAGUAGCAGACUUUUUCUACAAGGGAAAGGUUCAUACCUCAGGUUUUGGUUAUCAGUCUGAACUUGAGCUGAGAGUGGCUGAAGCUGCCCGAAGACAGUAUAACAAGCUGAAGAUGCAGACCAAGGCAGAAAUCCGGCAAACUCUCGAUCGUUUGCUAGUGGGCGACUUCAUUGUUCACUCGCUCUCUCUCGUGCUGAAUAAGACCACCAGUGAGCUUGCGAAAGCGAGUGUGUCCAAAUUAGUGGCACACCUGGAAAUGAUUGAUGACUCCAAGAGGAAAAGUGGGGAAGGGUCAGCAUCUGAGGACAAUCAGUUUAGUGAUGAUGAGUAUAAGACCCCUCUUGCCACACCACCCAACACCCCACCUCCUGAGACAAGCAGCAGCAACGGGGAGAAAACGCCCCCAUUUUCUGGAGUUGAAUUCAGUGAAGAGCGGCUUCAAGCACACUUGUUGAGCACGAAGAUGUAUGAGAGGUACUCCCUGUCCUUUCUGGACCUCCAGAUCAUGGUUGGACGAGUGAAGGACAACUGGAAGCAUGUCCAGGAUAUCGAUGUGGGGCCAACCCAUGUGGUCGAGAAAUUCAACGUUCACCUGCAGUUAGAACGUCGACUGAUUUAUACUUCAGACCCCAAGUACCCUGGAGCCGUGCUCUCAGGCAACCUGCCAGAUUUAAAAAUCCACAUCAAUGAGGAUAAAAUAUGUGCUCUCAAGAAUUGCUUUGCCCUCCUCACCACCCCAGAAAUGAAGCCUUCCGAGACUCAGAUUAAAGAGAAGAUCUUCCCCCAAGAUGAUCAGCGUGGAACUUUGCAAGAUUCAGUCAUGAACUUGACCCAGAGCAUCGUGAUGUUGGAGCAGCAUACCCGGGAGGUUCUGGUGGAGUCACAGCUCCUCCUGGCUGAGUUUAAAGUGAACUGUAUGCAGCUUGGUGUGGAGAGCAAUGGCCGGUACAUUUCUGUGCUCAAAGUAUUUGGUACCAACGCUCACUUUGUGAAGAGGCCUUACGAUGCUGAAGUCUCCCUCACUGUCCAUGGUUUACUCCUGGUGGACACCAUGCAGACUUAUGGUGCUGAUUUUGACCUUUUGAUGGCUUCACAUAAGAACUUGAGCUUUGAUGUCCCCACAGGAAGCCUCCGGGAUAGCAGGGCCCAGUCUCCUGCGUCUGGGUCUAAUGCGGUCCCCUUCACUCAUGCUGCCAUGCCGAACGACCGAUCAGCUACUAGCGUUUCACUGGACAGAGUUCUCACCAAAGAACAAGAAUCCCUCAUUAAAUUGGAAUAUCAGUUUGUGAGUUCAGAGUGCCCGUCGAUGAACUUAGAUAGCACUCUCCAGGUGAUUUCAUUGCAGGUGAAUAAUUUGGAUAUUAUCCUAAAUCCAGAGACAAUUGUGGAGCUGAUUGGUUUUCUUCAGAAGUCCUUUCCCAAGGAAAAAGAUGAUGUGAGUCCUCAGCCUUUAAUGACUGAUUUUGAAAGAAGCUUUAGGGAAGAAGGAACUUACCAAUCUACAUAUGAACAAAACACUGAGGUUGCAGUAGAAAUCCACAGGCUUAACUUAUUGCUCCUUCGGACAGUGGGAAUGGCAAACGGAGAGAAAUAUGGCAGGAAAAUUGCAACUGCGAGUAUAGGUGGCACCAAAGUUAACGUCUCAAUGGGUAGCACAUUUGACAUGAAUGGUUCUCUCGGCUGUUUGCAGCUUAUGGAUUUGACACAAGAUAAUGUUAAAAACCAGUAUGUUGUCAGCAUUGGGAAUUCCAUAGGCUAUGAAAACAUUGUCAGUGAUAUUGGCUACUUUGAAUCUGUAUUUGUCAGAAUGGAAGAUGCAGCCCUCAACGAAGCUUUGAGUUUCACGUUUGUUGAGAAAUCUAAACAGGAAUGUUUUCUAAACCUCAAGAUGGCUUCCUUGCAUUAUAACCACUCUGCUAAAUUUUUGAAGGAGUUGACAAUGUCCAUGGAUGAACUGGAAGAAAAUUUUCGAGGCAUGCUGAAAAGCGCAGCCACCAAAGUCACCACAGUCCUAGCUACCAAGACAGCUGAGUACAGUGAGAUGGUAUCACUCUUUGAAACUCCAUGGAAGACCCGGGAAUCCUUUACCUUGGAAGAAAAUGACAUCUAUGGGCUCGGCCUAGCUGCUCCUCAUUCCGACACUGUAAAGCUGAUCUUGAACAUAAACAUUGAAUCGCCGGUUGUGUCCAUCCCUCGGAAGCCUGGGAGUCCUGAGUUGUUGGUUGGACACUUGGGACAGAUAUUCAUCCAGAAUUUUGUGGCAGGAGACGAUCAAUCCAGAAGUGACCGUCUGCAGGUGGAAAUCAAAGACAUUAAAUUAUAUUCUUUGAAUUGCACCCAGCUGGCAGGCAGAGAGGGUCCUGGGUCUGAUGUAAGCCGGGCGUCUUGCCCUCUGUCUGGGUCUGCCAGUGCCAGUAGUCAGGAGGAAGCGCAUUUCACCCGACAUGAUUUCUUUGAAUCUUUGCAUAGAGGUCAAGAGGGAGACCUGUCCUUACAAGGAAGCCUGGGGAGCCUGUCUCUCAGUGACCUUACAGCCCACGGAGAGUUUUACAGAGAGCGGUUCACGACCAGUGGGGAGGAAGCACUCAUCUUCCAGACUUUUAAAUACGGCCGGCCCGACCCUCUUCUCCGGAGAGAACACGACAUCCGAGUGAGCCUUCAGAUGGCCUCCGUGCAGUAUGUGCACACCCAGCGCUUCCAGGCCGAGGUCGUGGCCUUCAUCCAGCACUUCACUCAGCUGCAAGAUGUCUUAGGGCGCCAGCGAGCUGCGAUUGAGGGCCAGACGGUGAGAGAUCAAGCCCAGCGCUGCUCACGGGUUCUCCUGGAUAUUGAGGCUGGUGCUCCUGUUCUCCUUGUCCCAGAAAGUUCCAGAUCGAAUAAUCUGAUUGUCGCAAACUUGGGGAAGUUGAAAGUCAAGAACAAGUUUCUCUUUGCUGGCUUUCCUGGGACCUUUUCCUUACAAGAUAAGGAAUCUGUGCCUUCAGCUUCUCCAGUGGGGACUCCCAAACACAGUCUGAGGAAAAUGACAAGCACGGAGGACCCAAAGGGGACCCAUUCGGAGGGGCUGUUCGUGAUGCCUCCUGUUGGAAUGAGUCUAGGCAGCCUGAAGAGUGAGUUUGUGCCCAGUACUUCAACCAAGCAGCAAGGGCAACAAGCCACACCCUCUGUCGGCCAGGUUUCCAGUAGUCCAGACGAGCACGUGUGUCUGCUGGAUUGCAUUGUCGUGGAUCUGCAAGACAUGGACAUCUUUGCUGCAGAGAGACGUCCACGAGAGUAUUCUAAGGCCUCAGAUGACAACAGUGGCGAUCUGAUCUUCCCGUCCUAUUUGGUGCGACAGACGGGGGGCAGCCUCCUGACUGAGCCCUGUCGGCUGAAAUUGCAGGUGGAGAGGAAUUUGGACAAAGAAAUAAGUCAUGCCGUUCCAGACAUGUCUGUGCACGGCCACCUGUCCUCAGUCCACUGCUCCCUGGAUUUGUACAAAUACAAGCUGAUCCGUGGCUUGUUAGAGAACAACCUGGGAGAACCCAUAGAGGAGUUCAUGCGGCCUUACGAUCUACAAGACCCAAGAAUUCAUACUGUUCUGAGCGGAGAAGUGUACACGUGCAUGUGCUUCCUCGUGGAUAUGGUAAAUGUGAGCCUGGAGUUGAAAGAUCCAAAGGGAAAAGAAGGUGCUGGUUCCCUCGCCAGAUUUGACUUCAAGAAAUGUAAACUGCUCUGUGAGACCUUUUCCAACCAAACCAAGUCCAUCAACCUGGUUUCCCACUCCAUGAUGGCUUUUGACACCCGCUACGCUGGGCAGAAGACCAGCCCUGGCGUGACAAACGUAUUCAGUUGUAUCUUUCAGCCCUCCAAGAACAGCAGCACGACCCAAGGAUCCAUUCAGAUUGAACUGCACUUCAGAUCUACAAAGGAUUCCUCCUGUUUCACGGUAGUUCUCAACAACCUCCGUGUGUUUCUCAUAUUUGACUGGCUGCUGUUAGUCCACGAUUUUCUCCACACUCCCAGUGAUAUUAAGAAACAAACUAAUGUUACUCCUUCUCGCCACCGUAACUCUAGCAGUGAAUCUGCUGUAGUUCCCAAAACUGUGAAGAGUGGAGUAGUUACCAAGCGGUCUUCCCUUCCUGUGUCCACUGAAAGGCACCUGGAGGUCAAGAUCAAUGUGACAGGCACGGAGUUUGUGGUCGUGGAAGAUGUUUCCUGCUUCGAUACCAAUGCCAUUAUUCUCAAAGGCACCACAGUGCUCACCUACAAGCCCCGGUUCGUCGAUCGCCCCUUUUCAGGAAGUCUGUUUGGCAUCGAGGUGUUUUCAUGCCGACUGGGGAAUGAACACGACACAGCUCUUUCGAUUGUUGAUCCAGUACAAAUUCAAGUGGAGCUGGUGGGGAAUUCUUCUUACCAGAACAGUUCAGGAUUGAUGGAUGCGUUCAACAGUGAAGACUUUCCACCUAUCCUGGAGAUUCAGUUACAAGCCCUGGAUAUCAGACUCUCCUAUAAUGAUGUUCAGCUGUUUCUCGCCAUUGCAAAGUCCAUCCCAGAGCAAGCGAAUGCUGCGGCGCCGGACGCAGUGGCCGUGGAGGCCAGUUCCGGUGGCAGCUGCCUUCCUGGUGCGGCUCGAGUUGGAGAGGAAAUCAAAGAAGGGAGAAUGCAUACCUUAGAUCCUGUCCUAGAGUUACAGCUGGCCAGACUGCAGGAGCUGGGCUUCAGCAUGGAUGAUUGUCGCAAAGCCCUUUUGGUGUGUCAAGGCCAAUUGAAAAAGGCGGCCAGUUGGUUGUUUAAGAAUGCUGAACCUCUGAAGUCCCUUUCCCUGGCCUCCAACAGCCAAGAGAGCCAGGGGAUGGUGCCAGCACAGCUGAUCUCAGGCGUGGAGAUUAAAGCCGAGAGUGUGUGCAUCUGCUUCAUCGAUGACUGCAUGGACUGCGACAUUCCUCUCGCUGAGCUCACCUUCUCCCGUCUGAACUUUCUUCAGCAUGUGAGAACCAGCCCUGAGGGCUACGCCCACUUCACCCUUUCUGGAGAUUAUUAUAACCGUGCUCUGUCAGGCUGGGAGCCAUUUAUUGAGCCAUGGCCAUGCUCUGUAUCCUGGCAACAACAGGCGGCUAGUCGUUUCCAUCCUCCUCGACUGAAGCUGGAAGCCAAGGCUAAGACCCGUUUGGAUGUCAAUAUUACGUCAGUACUAAUUGACCAAUACGUAAGCACCAAGGAAUCGUGGAUGGCAGAUUACUGUAAGCAGGACAAGGAAAUCGAUUCAACCACAUCAGAAGACUGGAUGGGCUCUUCAGUGGAUCCUCCGUGCUUUGGACAAAGCCUCCCCCUUGUCUACCUUAGAACUAGGAGCACAGCCAGUCUGACUAACCUAGAGCACCAGAUCUAUGCUCGAGCAGAGGUGAAAGCCCCCAAGCGCAGGCAGCCCUUUGUCCCCUUUGCUCUGAGGAAUCACACGGGCUGCACUUUGUGGUUCGCCACCCUGACCACCACGCCCACCAGGGCUGCCCUGUCUCACAGCGGGAGUCCAGGCAUGGUUCCAGAAGGGAACGGAACGUUUCUUGACGAUGCUCACAAUGUUAGUGAGUGGCGGGAAGUUCUCACGGGUGAAGAGAUUCCCUUUGAAUUUGAAGCACGAGGAAAGCUAAGACACAGACACACCCAUGACCUCCGGAUUCAUCAACUGCAAGUGAGAGUGAAUGGCUGGGAGCAAGUGAGCCCCGUGUCUGUGGACAAAGUCGGGACCUUUUUCCGAUAUGCAGCACCAGAUAAGAAUUCGUCUUCCUCUACGAUUGGCAGCCCAAGCAGCAGAACAAAUAUCAUUCAUCCCCAGGUUUAUUUCUCAUCACUCCCACCCGUCCGGGUGGUCUUUGCAGUGACCAUGGAAGGCAGUGCUCGGAAAGUAAUCACCGUCCGAUCCGCCCUCAUUGUGAAGAACAGACUUGAGACACCAAUGGAACUAAGGCUGGACAGCCCGUCAGCGCCAGACAAGCCCGUGGUGCUCCCCGCUGUCAUGCCAGGGGAUUCCUUUGCUGUGCCUUUGCACCUCACUUCUUGGCGGCUGCAGGCCCGGCCCAAAGGACUGGGUGUAUUUUUCUGUAAGGCUCCCAUUCACUGGACCAAUGUAGUGAAGACGACAGACGUCAGUAGCAGCAAACGCGAGUGCCACUCAAUGGACACAGAAAAAAGCCGGUUCUUCAGGUUUUGUGUGGCCAUAAAGAAAGAGAAUUACCCAGAUUACAUGCCCUCGAACAUAUUUUCUGACAGUGCAAAACAGAUUUUCAGACAGCCCGGGCAUACCAUAUAUCUCCUGCCAACUGUGGUCAUCUGCAACUUGCUACCUUGUGAACUUGACUUUUAUGUUAAAGGAAUGCCAAUUAAUGGGACCCUGAAACCUGGCAGAGAGGUAGCUCUGCACACAGCUGACACGUCCCAGAACAUUGAACUGGGGGUAUCACUGGAGAAUUUUCCGCUCUGUAAGGAAUUACUCAUCCCACCUGGAACCCAAAACUAUAUGGUAAGAAUGCGACUCUACGACAUCAACCGGCGACAGCUGAACCUCACCAUCCGGAUUGUGUGUCGGGCAGAAGGGUCCUUGAAGAUCUUCAUCUCUGCCCCUUAUUGGUUGAUUAACAAAACAGGGUUACCACUGAUCUUCAGACAGGACAAUGCCAAAACCGACGCCGCGGGCCAGUACGAGGAGCACGAGCUGGCCCGGAGCCUGAGCCCUCUCUUAUUCUGCUACGCUGACAAAGAGCAGCCAAACCUCUGCACGAUGAGAAUCGGAAGGGGCAUUCAUCCUGAAGGCAUGCCGGGCUGGUGUCAGGGCUUUUCCCUGGAUGGUGGCAGCGGCGUCCGAGCUUUGAAAGUCAUCCAGCAAGGAAACCGCCCAGGGCUCAUCUAUAACAUUGGUAUCGAUGUCAAGAAAGGCCGAGGUCGCUAUAUUGACACCUGUAUGGUCAUCUUUGCCCCCCGUUACCUGUUAGAUAAUAAAUCCUCUCACAAGCUUGCAUUUGCACAGAGGGAAUUUGCCCGGGGACAGGGAACAGCCAAUCCCGAAGGUUACAUUUCCACCCUUCCUGGCUCCAGUGUGGUGUUCCAUUGGCCUCGGAAUGACUAUGACCAGCUCUUGUGUGUCAGAUUAAUGGACGUUCCCAAUUGUAUUUGGUCUGGAGGCUUUGAGGUCAACAAGAAUAAUUCCUUCCACAUCAACAUGAGAGACACCCUGGGGAAAUGCUUCUUCCUGCGUGUGGAAAUUACACUCCGCGGAGCCACCUAUAGGAUCUCCUUUAGUGACACAGAUCAGUUACCCCCUCCAUUCCGCAUUGACAACUUUUCUAAGGUCCCAGUUGUCUUCACUCAGCACGGUGUAGCUGAACCCAGGCUCCGAACUGAAGUGAAGCCCACGACUUCAUUGGAUUAUGCUUGGGACGAGCCCACUCUGCCGCCUUUUAUCACUCUGACUGUUAAAGGGGCAGGCUCCUCUGAGAUCAGCUGCAACAUGAAUGAUUUCCAGGAUAACCGACAGCUUUAUUAUGAAAAUUUCAUUUACAUCGCUGCUGCACAUACAUUCUCUGGGUUUGAACCAGGGAAGCGCUCUCAGCUGUGGAGGAUGACCGGGACGGGCAUGCUGGCCCACGAGGGCUCUUCUGUGCCCCACAACCCCAAUAAGCCCUCGGCGGCCCGCUCCGCCGAGGCGGCGGCCAUAUUGGACAUAGCUGGUCUUGCCGCAGUGACCGACAACAGAUAUGAGCCACUGAUGCUAAGAAAGCCUGAUCGCAGACGAAGCACAACCCAGACGUGGAGUUUCCGAGAAGGAAAGCUGACCUGCGGGUUACAUGGGCUGGUUGUUCAGGCCAAAGGAGGGCUUUCUGGUUUAUAUGAUGGAGCUGAAGUUGUUCUUGGUCCUGACACGUCCAUGGAACUUCUGGGGCCAGUUCCACCGGAGCAACAAUUUAUUAACCAAAAAAUGAGGCCUGGUUCUGGAAUGUUAACCAUCAGAGUCAUCCCAGAUGGACCAACUAGAGCACUCCAGAUAACAGAUUUCUCCCAACGGAAAAGUGACCGUUCAUUGUAUGAAAUGGAUGAACUUCCUGUUACUGAACAAGCGCUGCAGAAAUUAAAGAAUCCAGAGACAGAGCAGGAAUUGGAAGUGCUUGUGAAGUUAGAAGGUGGAAUUGGGCUGUCCUUAAUUAAUAAAGUCCCAGAAGAAUUGGUCUUUGCAAGUCUUACAGGAAUCAGUGUGCACUAUACACAGUUGGCAACCAGUCAUAUGCUUGAACUUAGCAUACAGGAUGUACAGGUGGACAAUCAGCUCAUUGGUACCACUCAGCCGUUCAUGCUCUAUGUGACUCCGCUGAGCACUGAGAAUGAGGUCGUCGAGACAGGCCCGGCCGUGCAAGUGAGUGCGGUGAAGCUCCCCAGUAAGAGCGCGCUGACCAACAUCUACAAGGUGGAAAAAUACGAUGAAAACCUCCAUGAAAAGACAGUUGAGCAAGGUGGAACACCAAUUCGAUACUACUUUGAAAACCUCAAAAUCAGCAUUCCACAGAUCAAGCUGAGUGUGUUCACCUCCAACAAGCUGCCCUUGGAUCUUAAGGCCCUAAAGAGUACCUUGGGGUUUCCACUGAUUCGGUUUGAAGAUGCUGUGAUUAAUCUGGAUCCAUUCACUCGGGUGCAUCCCUAUGAGACCAAGGAGUUCAUCAUCAAUGAUAUCCUGAAACAUUUCCAGGAGGAACUCCUCAGUCAAGCAGCGCGGAUCCUGGGAUCAGUGGAUUUUCUGGGCAACCCCAUGGGGCUUCUGAAUGACGUUUCUGAAGGGGUGACUGGACUGAUAAAGUAUGGAAACGUUGGAGGCCUUAUCAGAAAUGUUACACAUGGAGUAUCAAACUCGGCUGCCAAGUUUGCGGGGACAUUAUCCGAUGGCUUGGGGAAGACGAUGGACAGUCGACAUCAGUCGGAACGGGAGUAUAUAAGGUACCACGCAGCCACGAGUGGUGAGCACCUGGUCGCUGGCAUUCACGGCCUGGCUCAUGGUAUCAUUGGUGGACUGACCAGUGUGAUAACCUCGACAGUGGAAGGUGUGAAAACAGAAGGGGGUGUGAGCGGUUUCAUAUCCGGCCUUGGGAAAGGGCUCGUUGGCACUGUAACCAAGCCAGUGGCAGGUGCCCUGGAUUUCGCGUCCGAAACAGCCCAGGCGGUGAGAGACACAGCCACACUGAGUGGCCCCAGGACUCAAGCGCAGAGGGUACGGAAACCCCGGUGCUGCACGGGGCCCCAGGGGCUGCUCCCCCGCUAUUCUGAGAGCCAGGCAGAAGGGCAGGAGCAGCUCUUCAAGCUCACGGACAACGUACAGGACGAAUUCUUCAUAGCCGUGGAGAACAUCGACAGCUACUGUGUGCUCAUCUCCUCCAAGGCUGUUUACUUCCUGAAAAGUGGAGACUACAUAGAUCGGGAGGCCAUCUUCCUGGAAGUCAAGUACGACGAUCUGUACCACUGCCUGGUCUCCAAAGACCACGGGAAGGUGUACGUGCAGGUGACCAAGAAGGCGGUGAACACGAGUAGCGGAGUGUCCAUCCCUGGCCCUUCCCACCAGAAGCCAAUGGUGAGUGCGGGCCGGCCCGCUCCCGCUUUCCAGCCGGAACGCCUUUGAGACUAUGGCGGGGCUGUGAAUCCCGGGGUGCUGCCUCCGAGUCCUCAGUGUGUGGUAGCUGGGGUGGUACCGCUGUCCCAGCUCUGCCACUGGCGAGCCCGGGCGACUCACUCAGCUCUCAUGCCUCAGGUACCCUCCAUGUAGGGUGGGUAAUAAUAAGGGCUGACUGACAUGGUACAUGGGGCUUUUUACUCCUAAAAUGGGACUCUUCAGUGCAUUGAACCUAAGAAGGCGUUAGAGCACGCACUGGCCUCUCUAUUU